CCCAUGGCUCUAAAUAUGUGGAACGUGGCAAUGAACCACGUUUGGUUAUCGACAACGUGACAUACGACUAUCAAGGUGAAUAUGAAUGCCAUGCCACAAAUUACAUCAAUGGCCAGGAACGAGUGGCCAUAUCGGAUCCGGUUUCAUUGCAAGUUGUUGGUGCUCCACAAGUUUUGCGUUUACACCCCUCCAUGCACACAGUGAUGGUGAAGAGAGGUGAUCCAGCCUCAUUAACAUUAGUGGUGUGUGCUGAUCCACGACCACAUCGUGUGGCCUGGGAAUGGGGUUCAUUGCGUUUGGAUGCUGGCUCCUCUAUUGACCGUUUUCGUGCCGAUGAUUUACUACAAGAUUCACGUGAGGACUGUUAUCUAUCGACGCUGCACAUCCAUCAUGCCACCGAACAUGAUGCACGUCCUUAUUAUCUGGUUGUGGAAAAUGAACGUGGCACCGAUCGUCAUGCCAUACAAUUGAAUGUGGAGGGUACGUUUACAG